AUGUCGGAGCGGGAGGAGCGGCGGUUCGUGGAGCUGCCGCGGGAGUCGGUGCGGCUGAUGGCGGAGAGCGCCGGGCUGGAGCUCUCGGACGAGGUGGCGGCGCUGCUGGCCGAGGACGUCUGCUACCGCCUGCGGGAGGCCACGCAGAACAGCUCGCAGUUCCUCAAGCACACGCGGCGGCGGCGGCUGACGGCGGAGGACUUCAACCGGGCGCUGCGCUGGAGCAACGUCGAGGCGGUGUGUGGCUACGGGGCGCAGGACGCGCUGCCCUUCCGGGCGCUCAAGGAGGGCGAGCUGUACUUCCCGGAGGACCGCGAGGUGAACCUGGUGGAGCUGGCGCUGGCCACCAACAUCCCCAAGGGCUGCGCCGAGACCGCCGUGCGAGUGCACGUCUCCUACCUGGAUGGGAAGGGCAGCCUGGAGCCGCAGGGGGCCGUGCCCAGCGCCGUGUCCACGCUGACGGACGACCUGCUCAAGUACUACCAGCACGUGACGCGGGCGGUGCUGGGGGACGACCCCCAGCUGAUGAAGGUGGCCCUCCAGGACCUGCAGAGCAACUCCAAGAUCGCCGCGCUGCUGCCGUACUUCGUCUACGUGGUCAGCGGGGUGAAGUCGGUGAGCCACGACCUGGAGCAGCUGCACCGGCUGCUGCACAUCGCCCGCAGCCUGGUGCAGAACCCCUACCUGUGCCUGGGCUCCUACGUGCGCAGCCUCGUCGCCAGCGUCACCUACUGCGUCCUGGAGCCCCUGGCCGCCUCCAUCAACCCUCUCAACGACCACUGGACGCUGCGCGACGCCGCCGCCAUGCUGCUGAGCCGCAUCUUCUGGACCCACGGCGACCUGGUGAGCGGCCUCUACCAGCAGAUCCUGCUGUCGCUGCAGAAGGUGCUGGCCGACCCCGUGCGCCCGCUCUGCUCCCACUACGGGGCGGUGGUGGGGCUGCACGCGCUGGGCUGGAAGGCCGUGGAGCGGGUCCUCUACCCCCAGCUCUCCACGUACUGGGCCGGGCUGCAGGCCGUGCUGGACGACUACUCCGUGUCCAACGCCCAGGUGAAGGCCGACGGGCACAAGGUCUACGGCGCCAUCCUGGUGGCGGUGGAGCGGCUGCUCAAGAUGAAGGCGCAGCCGGCAGCGGCGGCGGCGGGGGGGCCGCGGCGGGAGGGCUCCCCGCGGUGCGGCCCGGCGCCCGGCGCCCCGGUGGAGGCGGGCAGCAGCCCCGGGGCGGCCCCGGCCGUGCCCCUGCGCGACAUGUACCGCGAGCUCUACGACUUCUUCGGCGACAGCCUGGCGCCGCGCUUCGGCACCGGCGCGGGGCCCCGGCCCGCCGCCCCGCCGCCCCCCGGCCCCGGCAGCCCCGAGGGCGCCCGGAGGGAGCCGCCGGCCUUCGGGGCGCCGGGCGACGCCGCCGCCGCCCGCAAGAUGCCGCAGCUGACGGCCAGCGGCACGGUGAGCCCGCGGGAGGAGGAGAGCCCCCGGGCCGAGCCGCCGGGCGGGCGCCCGGCCCUGCACCGCCCCGCCGGACUGGCCCGCGCCCGCGGCACCCCCCGGCAGCCCGGCCACCGGCCCGGCGCCCGCGACGUCUUCCAGAAGUGCCGCUUCGCCCCCCGCGGCGCCCCCCGCUUCAGCUUCGUCAUCGCCGGGCGCCAGGCGGGCCGCCGCUGCCAGGGCCGCCUCUUCCAGACCAGCUUCCCCCAGCACCACGGGCCCGGCCACGUCUCCCGCUACGCCCAGAAGCUGCCCAUGAUCGGCCGCACGGCCCGGCCGCUGCGGCGCUGGCCCCGCUCCGAGUACUCGCUGGCCCUGCUGCUCUGAGCCGGGGCCGCGCGGGCGGACGGGCCCCGCUGCCCCACGGACCCGGCGUUAAUAAAAACGGCGCUGCGGCA